AUGGAAAACAGGCCGGGGCAAAGCAUGCUGUUGAACAGUAAUAGUCCAGCAAUGCCAUUGGAAAGGAAACCUAAUAAGCGAAAGCGGAAUUCUUCGGCUUUGUCAUAUGUAGCAGUAAUAGCACAUGCCAUUCUCAGUUCUCCACGCCAAAGACUUCCCUUGUCUGAGAUAUACCAAUUCAUUGAAGAGCGCCAUCCACAAUUUACAGAGAACAGAGCCCGCUGGAAGAACACAGUCCGCCAUAACCUCUCCCUUCACGACUGCUUUGUACGCGGGGAAGUGGCUUUCAAUAAGAAAGGCUGCAACUGGCGGAUACAUCCAGGCUUUGUAGGCGAGUUCAGCCGGGGAGAUUUUUCACGACACAAGUUGUCGCAGCUUUCAUCACCCUCUUUGGAACAUAGGUAUGAAAGUUCAUAUGAAAAUCCUUUUCCUAUGGGUCCAGUUACCUCAUGCAGUUGUUACAUUUGUGGGCCAGCCAAGCUGUAUCUGUCCUCUACUGCCUUGCCGCAACAUUUUUCUGGAAGGGGACUACAAUACAUGCAACUUCCACAGCUUCCUUGGAACAAUUGGAUUUUCUAA